UAGUAUUACUAAAAAAUGACGGUUGGUUAUCAUACUACAAGUGAUGACAGCAAACCGUAUGACAGCGAAAGCCGCGUCCAACCGGGACGCAUCCGGUUGGUUCUUCGGGAUGCAGAGGUCGACAUUGAUGAGAUUUACCAGAUUGCCUCGACGGCUGGGCCGGUGAAAUAUCUUCGUCGACCGCAGAGCAAUCCGCAGUGGGUUUUCGUUCAGUAUGAAAAUCCGAGUGUGGCCGAACAUGCCAUAGCCAUGAUGAAAAAACUACCGAUCUUCAAGGGCGUGGAUCCGGCCAUAAAAUCGGAACGGUUCGUAAAGGAUAAAUCCGACGUUGGUGGCGGUAGCGGUGGCAACAACAACAACAACAGCAAUUACAACGACGAUCAACAGCAGAGAAGUUCGUCCAACAUGAACAACCAAAUGAACAAAGGAGGUGGUAACCGUCAGCAAAAACCUGGCAACAAUGCUAACAAUAACAAGAACAUCAACAAUAGGAUGAACAACAACAACAACAGCGGUAUGAAUGGCUAUGGCGAUGUCAAUCUUAUGACUAUGGAUUUUGAGACGUCACAGAGACCGCAAUCUAGAACUACGGACAUGUAUCAACCCAAGUUCAACCUUGGCUGUUGGUCUUGCACCAAAAUGCCCUACUUUGAGUGCCGUUGCGGUGCCUUCUACUGCAACGUGGAAUGUCAACGGGCCGACUGGCCCAUCCACAAGGACGUCUGUAUGCCUCGGUUGGUUCCGAUUUCCUCGUCCAGCAACCGUAUCCUGCAGGAGGCGUUGUCUGCUUCUUUGCAAAGAUCCGGUGUAGAUUCGCAAUCACAUUACCAGCAACAGCAGCAGCAGCAGUAUCAGCAACAAGAAAGACAACCGCAACAAAAUCAGCAACAAAAACAGCAGAAACAGUCGCAACAGCAACAGAAUCAAAACAACCGCCGCGGUCAGACCAACAACAAUAUCAACAAGGACUUCCAAAGUCCCGUGGAUCAACAACAGAACCAAGGCAAACCGAAGAAGGACAGUCCUCGGACACCGGGACAGGAACCGGAGGCACAGCGACAGCCUCCGAAGCAGCAGAAACAACCAACAACGCCCAAGAGUUCGCCCGAAGAGCAAAACAGCGUCGGUGGCAGCGCCGAGAAGGUCAGCCGUCUGGGCAAUAAACUGCAACGGCUGAAGAUUGCCAAGUCCGGUGGAGGUGUGACGAGGGGCAUCCUCCAAGCGGGACCGUUCCCACGGGAGGGUGCCGCCGUUAAGAUUACCGCCUCGCUGCCAUCGGGUGUGCUCUAUAUCUACCACAACAACGGUAAAGAUGGCCAACAGAGCGAAUACUACCUGUUGACGAAUCGCAUGUUCAAGGCUGCCAAUGACGCCGGAGCGUUGAAGGCGGUUCCCGCCGUCGAUGACGUCAUCUUUGCACCCUUCCUCGGGGGAUACUACCGGGCCAAGGUGCUGGCGGUGAACGGCGAGAAGCUGCAGGUGUUCUACGUGGACUUUGGCAACACUGAUACGGUCGAGUGGAAGCAGUCGCGGGAGAUUGCUGACGAGGACCUGAAGUGGGCCCGGUAUUUGACCUAUCCGGUGAAGUUGGAAGGUGUGGAAUCGUUCAGCGGCGAGAUGCUGAAGCUGCUGGAAACGCUGGAACACGUGGAGGAAUUCGAGAUGGUUCGGGCGGAUUCGAUACCCGGAUCGGAGAUGAAAUCGGUGAUUCUGAAGCGACCGAAACAAUCGCUGACCCUCAACAUGGAACUGAUGGAGGUGAAGGAGCGCGAGCUGCGCGAAAGGAAGGAGCGGGAACAGAAGUCCAAGCAGCAGCAGCAGUCCUCAUCCGCUGAACAGUCCUCAUCAUCGUCCGCUCAGAAGGCGAAGGUGGCGGACGUGAAGAUUGCCGAUCCGAGCAACUACGAACCAGUGCUGUUCGACGAAUCGAUGGAGACCAGCCCGUUACCGUUCGGCAGCACCAAGAAGCUGAUCAUCAUCGACGCCAGUGAGGUGAUGGAGACGCGCAUCAUUUCGGUGGUGGCCGCCGAGAAUGUGGAAAAGUACGCCGCCGUGCUGGAGCACUGUGGCCUGGCCGGAGCCAAGGAUUCGAACGUGUACAAACCGAUCGAAGAGGGCGAAGUUUGUCUGGUGCUGCACCAGGAAGAUUGGUCCCGUGCGCUGUACGACAUCUCCGAUGGAAGUUAUAUGCUACUGGAUGUCGGGAUCAUUGCGUCCGUUCCGGCCGGCAAUGUGCGCCGGUUCCCGCCCAAGCUGAGCCACAUGGUGUACAACAAUGAAGUGGUUGUGGAGAAUCUGCCCAAGCUGAAGGCGAUGAUGAAGGACGGUAAAUCGGACACCGUUCACGGGGCGAUUAUCGAGGCCAAGGUUUCCGCCUCGGAGGAAGGAACAUCGAUUACCAUUGUGGAUGCCUUGGUGUCCCCUUGAGCCGCCACACAUCAGAGAGGGUGGCCUUCGAGGUAAAAUUUGUCUGUUAGAUUGUAAGCGUAGCUAUCGUAUCCGGACGCUUUGCCAACUUGAGGCGUUUUCUUUUAGUUUGUUUAUGGCCUAAAGUGGCUACAGUUGUACAAUUUUUAAACUUUCUCGUAUUUUCAUGUCUAUCGAGCAAAACUUUUUAUUUCUUUUUAAAUCGUGUGAGUAUCUUGUGAGAAUCUAGAACACUGGGUUCUGUAAGAGUAUAGAGAUUUUAUCGCCGUUAUUCGAACGUUUCUCACAAGUCUGCUAUUCAAAAAUUUCUUUUUUUUUAUCUAUUGAUCAUUCCGGCACAUCAAUAAUCGUCUAGUUGACGCAAAAGUCUAAUGUACCAUGCAAAUUUUGUCCUUCCACUGAUAAACUAAGUCAUUAAAGUAAAUUGUGCAUAAUAAAACUGAGGUUGGUUUAUACCUACUGAUAAAAUAAAACGAACGCUGUUAGUAGUCAUCAUACUUUAGGAACGUAGGUAUCAAUUGUGUAACUUAAUAAUACUAUAAACUUGAAGCAUCAAAAAUGCUAGUUUUGUCGUUUUCUAAACUGGAUUUACAAUGAAUAAACUACGAAGAACAGCAAUACUAGACAGUUUUGCUGCUGACUAUGCACGCAA